AUGUUUUCCCUGUACAGGAUAACUAAAGCCAAGAGAUUCUGCCUCCAAAUAUGCGCCCGAAAAAGAUUUACCGUAGCACUAAUAACUCUGGUGGUCACCCUGAUCAUCCUUUCUAGAUUCUUCACACCAGCAAAACGACAGGACGAUAAUAGUCCUGAUGAAACGAUAUCAGUCCUUGAAAAAACUAUCAUUCCGAGACAAAUCGCCCGUCGUGGGACAGAAAAACUCUCUGGAGUGGAACCACUCGCAGGUAACUUUUGUUUUACAAUCUCAAUUUCGGUGACCGGUCCUCUUUCAAUUUCCACGGCAUUAUAACAAUUUUUUCAUGUUCAUUUUCACUGAUAUACUGUUUACGUUAUUGCGGACUCGUCACCAUAUUUUAAUUGUGAUGAAGGAGUUUAUAGAAAAGCAAAAUUAAUGAUUGAAAUUAUAUCCCUCUAAAACUGAGGUCUAAUUAAAAAAAAACCUUUUAUAAUUGAACAACUUAUUGUAACAUUGCAAAGAGCAAAUGGUUUUCGGCCGUGGAGCCUUUGAACUGUAGUUCGAGUUAAAUGAGAGUCGCGUUCUCUUUGGGAUGUUUCAGAUGAUGUCUCAUUCCCAUGACCAAAUGCUUUUUUUGCAACUUUAGUCAUGUUAGUUAUCAAGUGCGAAACUCAUUUUAGCAUUGGUUUUGGCUUGUUAGUUCGACAGUCUCAUAUUUUAGUCUUAUUUAAAAACUAAAAACCUUCGUUUUUUUCUUACCGAUAAUUAUGAUCAUCAUCAUUGUAAUCAAGCUGUAGUCAAGCAAUUCUGACACGAAUAUUGGGAAAAGAAACUGGCCCCGUAACCUUCAUAAUUUUGAGAACUAUUCAAGCCGUCCAAACUGUAAACUAGGACGUUUUGCAAAACUACUAGAAACUCUGUUCUUCACCUUUAUUUAAUUUUGGUUUCUUUUUUCUACUUUUCGUAAUCAUUGUAUACGUAAUUCUAUAUAUUGAAAGAAAAUUGACAGCGACUGUCAGAUUCGUAAAGAUUAUAAGGGUCUUAUGAAAAUUGUUAUUCAAGAACGUUUUACCGAAAACGACGACGGCUACUCAUUCACGUUUCCUACGUAAACAAGUUACAAGUAUUUUAAGUCAUUACGCCAUAAAUCCGCGAGUAAGUACCUGGUUUUUAAGAACCUGUUAGGCUAAGAUUUUCCAGUUAGGCCCCCUCUAUACGUCAAGAACCUGCCUUAAAUUUGAAACAGGUUCUUGUUUUCCAAAAAUCUGUGAAAAAAAAAUUCUCUACACUUGGGCACAUAUUAAAGAUAAGUCAACAUUCAAGGUCCUCUUUAUGGAGACAUACAGGUGCCUUAUAUCACUCCAACUGAAAUGAAAGAUGCAAAUCUUGAAAAUCAAAUAACAUUGUUAUUGAUACAUAACACAAAUUUCAUUUAAUUUUAGAAAACGGAAUAAAUUUAAUACCACUAAAUACUCUUAGCGUCAACGUAUUUUUUUCCUUCAGGAAAUAAGAUCCUGUUUAAGAAUCUAAAGAACGGAAAUUUGUAUGUGCUAAUUACCAUGUAAGACUCUUUAGGCUAACUUGGGAAAAAGGAGGUUCUUACUCGCGGAUUUUUUCAGUAUCUGUCUUGACGCCUAUAAUAGGCUACAUUCGGCUGCCCGAUGCAAGUAGAACAAUAACCCAAAUGUGUGGCUAUCCCAGGAGCUCAGGGGCACCCAACGACUAUUUUCUGUAAAAUGUCUGUUUGGAGAAGCAAAUAUUGCCUAGAAUUUUCUGUUACAUGUGGACGGCUAUUUAAAUUUCUUGAUGACCGUUCCAUUCACGUACAAUUUCCGAAGCGUAUCUAAUACAUUCUCUACGAUUUUCUGAAGUUUAAGUUUUACAUUUCACUUCGAUUCCUAAGUUAAGCUAUUUUUCGUAAAAAAAGAGGAAACCUGAAAUUGUCGGUUUCAAAAAUGCGAUGGAGAAAGGAAUCAGAAAAUAUCACUUUCGUAAUACGUCAAAUUUCACCUACAGUUUCGGGAAAACAAUAUUCAAGCCCUCAUAAUUUCGAAAAGACUCAAGUUGCCUUAGGAUGAUCGAACAGAUACAAAGUUUAUAGCUCCUCGUAGAAUGGAUUUCUAGGGAUCUAAAAGUACUCUUCAUAGCCUAAAAAAAGGUUCAAUGUAUUGGGGAGGAGGCCGUCGUUGGGUGCCCCUAGGCUCUGAGAGCUAUGGACUCCUGUGGUUGAAUGAUCGUCCAUGUCGUUAGACAGGCUGCACUGAACAAGGCUGUUGUUAACAGUGACUAAUAACUCUAUGCAAGAAUGUUAUUUUGUUUAGUUUGUUUUUUCCCAGUCUGUUUGCAAUGAUGGUCUUAAAAUCCAUUAGGCGACGACGACGGUUUGCGACAUUCUCAAACUCCCAUGACAAUUUGUCGCUUAAUAUUUACUUCUACGCCAAAAUUGUAAAGUAUAAAACAGUACAAUUAUUGACCUUUUGUUAAAACAAAGUGUCGCUUGCGGGGUCGCGUGAUAAAACAUAAAAGAUUUAAAAACUCAGAGUUGCAUUUUAUAAUCCCUGAAUUUUAAGACAAUUCACAUCUUUAAGGAGCCUCGACUGGAUUUUUAGCGGCAACUUCUCCCAAUUUUGCUUAGCAUUGACUACGACGCGCCGCCAACCGAGAUUUAAAAACAAUGUCCCCACAGCUGUAUCAAGCAAAGAUGAAAAUUUGUUAUGAAAAUUUUUUAUUCGUUUAUGGUCAUCGGAAUUGUCAAACAAAGCUUUAAUGUACGUAUAAGUAAACAUAAUUAGAGGAGGGAACUCUCUACCAAAAUGGCGGCAAUUUAUUUGUCUAUUUUUUUGUCUUUGUGAUAAUAGAUUUUUCUGACUUAUAGGUUUUGAAAUUUUCCCAAUUCAGACCACUUGUCUGAUGUUCUUAAGGAUAUUUGCCUUUUGUCUUUUCAUUUGUUAUCCACUCAAAUGCACGUGGAUAGCACGACAUUGAAAGAAACAGUUCUCUGGAUCAUAUGGUCUGCAAUGGGAAAACAAAACAUACAAGCUAAAACGGUCUAGACUAUUGGCCCUGGAUGUCUCUUUUCAGUGUGAAAUUUCUCUUGAAUUUUGUCAGUGCAGUUCUGGUAACGAGAACCAUUAAGACGGAAUCCAUUAGGAAAUUGAGUAAUUUUAAUUCUCAGUGGACAAAACCAUUGUACCAGAAUAUUUUAAGCCAUAUCAUAUCCUUUUUACACCUUUUAAGGGCUAUAGAUGUAUUUAGUUAUCUGUAAUAAUACCAAAGACAAUUUCUUACGGGAGCGCAAGAAAAUAAAUUUCAAAUUUCAUAGGAACUGAGAAAACACAGGUAAAAUUGUCAUGCGUAAGACCUUAAUUUCGUGAAAUUUGAGACUUUUGAAGUUUGCUUAUGACAUUUAUAGCCUUUGAAAAGAGUGAAAAAGAAUGCAAUAUGCUUCAAAUUAUUCUGGUACAAGGUUUUUGUCCACUGAAAAUUAAAAUUACUCAAUUUCCUAAUAGAUGUUGUCUUUAACUGACAUAUCUGUAUCAAAGAAAAGUGGUAUUGCAGCCAUUUAUUCCUAAGGUAUAUGAAGUAAAUAAAUAAAAUAUUGAGGCUCCUCGCAACUCUAACAAGGUCUCAUGGGAUAGGUUGGGAAAACAAUGAACAAACAUAGCAUAGCCCCUAAAUAAAAGAAACGGGGACAUCAGUGAAAUUAGGGGCUUUUAAAAGGGGAUGCGAGGCUAUUGAAAACAUUUCCAUUUCGUAUUUCAGAUUCUACAUCAAGCAAGUUGAGGCCUUCGAUCUGUCCAGCGGUUGUUUUAAUGAACACUUCCAAAGUUACCACGCUGGGGAGAUAUCCAAAAGCUAAAAGUAAGUAGUUCACUUUUGUUUGCUUAGAAUCAGUUAAUCUGAUGGGAAAAGUGGUGAAAGAAAAGUACAAUGCCUACUAAAAAAAGCGCAGCAAAACUAGGAAAUCCUGUCUUUAAGACUUAGAGGUUGUCCUUCAAACUCAAGACAGCGUCUUUGUACGUGUGAGGCCAGCCUAAGGACCAGCAAGAGUAGUUAUGGCAACUUGAAAUCCCGCUGAUGUGAUGCGAUAUCAUUAGUAUAGUCUUUGUGCAAGUGCGUCAAGACACCUUGAAUCAGUUUGCGCAAUUAACAACGAGAAACUAACAUGAGCAAUCCGGGGGAUCACGUUCAUUGUAAAUUUCUAAACGUGAUUGAAGGAGACGUACUUAGAAACAAAAAAAGGAUUAAAUGUACAUAAAAAGCAUGUUGCUUUCCUAUCAAUCAACGUGCUUUAAAAGGAGCACGGUUUCUUUGACAAGUUUUUCUCGACAAGGUAAGGUCGUCGAGGAAACCAUGGCCAGUUUCUCAUUCGCUGGAGUAAAUGCAGCCGGCCUCACCAUUUGUCUGUCGUUAUCACUGGGGACACCCAACGACAAUUUUUGAAAAAUAUCUGUUCGGAAUUAAGACGAUUUGGAUUUAGAAUUUUCAGAACAUUUGUUGUAAAAUUUCUUGCUUGCCUGCCUCUCCUAGGAUUUUCGAACAUCUAAAAACUGGUAUAAUUGCCCAUUUUUAACGGAUUUUUACCCUAAAAAGGUCACAUAGAAUUUUCGGGAGCCUUUAUUCUAGCUGAAAUUUUCGAAAAGGUAAGUUUUGAUCCCUAUAAUUUUCCGGGAUCACUAGACUUUCAGCUAGGAAAUCCGAACAGAUGAAAAAUUUUUAGGGGAUAAAAAUAUACCUAUAUCUACAGUUUAAUUAAUAAAAUAAGUUUAACAAAGCUAUGUUUAAGUGGUUUGAACUGUAUUCUCGUUAGGUGCCCCCUGCAUUAUGACUGUCGAUUUUAUGAAACACUCAGAAGCAAUCCUUAAAUCAGUCAUUUUAGAUUUGUCAUCGCAGGAGUAUGACGACAUUUUGCGAAGAAAGUCUUUUGGGGUAAUUAAAACAAUGAAUACAAGGUAAUAGAAGUUUAAAAUCGCGGGGGACACCUUUGGCUUAUUGUUAUGCAUUAAGGGCCUGUUUACAUGAAGGUGGAGGACCCCAGGUAGGUGAGGUAACAUGUGGCGGGUUACCCCACUUAACAUGUAAACGUGAUCACAUUAAAAUGGGAGAUUGUAUGGACAGGCGGGUUACCCCACCUAAGCGGGUUACCUCACCUUCCUGGGGUCCCCCACCUCCAUGUAAACAGGCGCUAUUUAAAGCGUAUUCACGAAGAACAACGACUGAUGUCAACUAGCCUGCGCGCAGACACUUUACUAUAUCCACACUAUAUGCGAUACGUAGGCCGGCUGCACCGCAGGCUAAUAUAAUGUCAACAGGUUUAUGAGAUAAACGAUGAGUGUAUAAUUUAAAGUGUUCACGUGCACGUCUGAAACGGAGACUUCAAACCUUGAAUGUUUAUUGCCUGGAAGUUUUCAUGGGAACGGCCGAGCUAAAACACGGGCUUCGUUGUUUUUCUUGCGCAAAUCGCCCUCUAGCGCAUACAGCGCGUGCGCAAGAUACAAGUGUAUGCGUAAAAGGACUGAACGAGAGCACAUGGCCACUUGCCUGAGGUGAGGAAAGCCAUUUGUCGAAGUAGUGAGCUACCAAAGGAAUUUAAACAGAGCGUUUGUGAUCAACUCAAGAGUCUUGUAGGAAAUAUUAGGAAUGCCUCAGUAUGUUAGAUCUUAUUACGGUCUUGGAAGCCAUCUUGUCGGGUAGACAACCGCGUGAGAAAUAACAGUAUUUGCUUGAGAAUCUAAAGUCGACUCAUUUUCGUAAAACUGCUGUUCUACUGAAAGGAGGAAUUGACAAAUUUAGGAGGCGGUACCCAUGCUUAAAUUUCCCCAGUCGCUUCCUUUAGCUAGCAUGUUCACUUGGACAGUUAGAAAGGCUUUAAACGUAAUAUCAGACAAAAACAAAAUUAAAUUAAUUUUGCUUAUUUAUACGAUUAGGUCACACUAACAAACCUUAAAUUGUAAAAUCUGCUUUAUACAUGGCACACCGGAGGUUUUGACCCAUCAUUUAUUAAUAAAAUCACAGAGAGUCUUUUAUUCUUUUCGCAAACUUGGACACGAAAUCACGAUUUCGCAAUUUGGUACAACUGAGGCUCAAAGCAUUGCCUAAAAGGGCGAUCUACCAAAUAUAAAAAGCGAUAAAAACACCCUCCUAAUCUCCCAUUAUCCCACAAUUUCUCUGUAAAAUUCUAUCUAAAUCGCCUCCAAAACAGCCGAGAUAUAAGCGUUUAAAAAGAUGUAGCACAAGCGAAACUUUGCCUUAUGAAUAUAUUCAUAGAUAGGUGUUCAAGCGGCCUUAACUCAAGCUGAAAAUCAAACACCUUACCAUUGUAACAAUCGUUUUUUUUUUCUCAGUUGAACUAUUGCGCACUCAGUCUGAUCUCUUGUUAUUACGAUUGCCAAAUUUGCGCUCCGUAACUUAAUUCCUGGAUCGGGAUGUUAAAAUUAUGAUAACCCAGGCUUAGUGCGAAAUUUGAAUUCAGAGUAUGAAAGUCUGAAAAGCAAUUCAGGGUUUAAUUCAUUUUGCUUAAGAGUUUAAACAUUGGGUGCUCUAAAAAAAGUAGCGAAAAGAAUCUGAGAAAAUGCUUUUGAACAGAAGAAAAAGAAACCCAGAUUAAUAUCUAACUCCGGGGUUGGUGCUAAUCGGCCUUCGAACAACUAGGCCCAGAUUGAUUGAAGUUGAAACAAAGAGAGGGUGACUGGGGAAGAGACGUAUUCAAACCUCCAGCCUGUUUUUUCUUAGCUCCUCCCUUUAGCUCUUUUUCGAGGGCGAGAUAUAAACUAUUGUUGCGUAAUUUCCCCCCUACUUAGCUAAUUACUCAACCUCGUCCCCAGGGCGCUUUUCCCACCACACCUCCUAAGCCAGGGAAAAGCGCCCUGGGGACUACGAGGUUGCUAAUUACUUAUUCAUACGGCCAACCUCGUCCCCAGGGCGCUUUUCCCAGCUCACCUCCUAAGCCAGGGAAAAGGGCCCUGGGGACAAGGUUGCUAAUUACUUAUUCAUACGGCCAACCUUGUCCCCAGGGCGCUUUUCCCUGGCUGAGGAGGUACUAAGCCAGGGAAAAGCGCCCUGGGGACGAGGUUGCAUAAGGCAACAAUUACAAGACGUUGUAUGAGAAUUAGUACAUGAAGGAAGGAAGAUCCUAGCACCAGGAAGAUCCGAGAAGGCGGAUCAUCCUAGCGCCUUAUGCUUUCUGUGUUCAGUUUACAUGCAAAACGUUGUAUUUGUCCCUAGCGCAAGGAUCUUCUUAAUAAGUACUAGGAUCUUUCUAGCUGAGAGGUAGGAAGAUCUAAGCAUUAUGUAAAUUGCUUUCGCUAAGAAGAUCCUAGUGCAAGGGACAAACCACACAAAAUGGUAGCAGGUCGUUCAGCUUGUUAAUCUAUAAUCUUUAACUACUUCUCUGCUGAACUCUAACUACUUCUCUUCUCCGAAAUGUCUGCAUGUAAAUGCAACGAAAAAUUGUUCCGCCUUCUAGGAUCUUUCUCCCUCCACUAAACAGCCCCUUAUACCUUUUCGCUAUAAUUGAGCGAAACGUGUGUUGAAAUUUUCUUGUAUGCUGACUGCGUGUCACUAAGGCUUCUUGGGAUACCGGAGAGCCCGUAAGCAGUACUUCUCUGUUAAGGCAAAAACAGACGUUGUUUGUUUUAAAUUUCAUUUUUAAGCGCAACCUUCUCGUUUUCUUGUGUUUAUUUGUGUGCUGAUUGCUUUACAGGGACGGCCGGGCUGCAAAAAGCAUCUUACGAUUAAGGGAACUAGUAACUAUUAUUUCAAAACAGUAGGUUAUUGUUCCAGAUCAAAAGUUUAAAGCCCUCUUAUCUUAAGAAGGUUUUAUGCAACCUGGCUCAGGCCUCUUAGGCACAUGUAAAUGCCUUUUUAGGCCUGCGAAACGUUGUAAAGCGGAAAGGUUAAGUGUUCAAAAGGGUAAUAAGCUCUCAAGAAAUUCGCAUAAAUUGAAGUUUUCCUUGAAAUCGUUGACGUUAUCUUGCUUGAUAUGUUAUACUUUGCUUAAAAACUGCCGAGAAAGGCAACACUUGCUCGAGGUUAAAAUAACAAAAAAAGAAAACGAGCUCAAACACCAAAAGUUGCAGGCACAAACGUUGCCGAGCACAAGCCCCUCCGUUGACAGACCCUCCUAAAAUCCCCUUGCGAAACUUACGAAGAUGUAUAAGCCCAGGGCUUAUACAAGCAGAUAAAGGGCGGUCUACGGUAUACGAGUAAUGGAAACGUUAUGCAAUCUGCGCGCAUAGUUUGAAAAUUAUAUAAUAAUUGAUACUAACUAACCCAAACCACCUUUUACAGGGUUUCUUUCAAUUGGCAUUGCGUCAGUUGCAAGACCGGCUGGAACUAACUAUUUUCUACAAACCAUUCAAAGUUUGAUCGACAAUACGAGCGAUAUGGACAAGAAAAACACUUAUAUUGUAAUAUUUCUUGCUGACAUCGCAGAGUCGCCAAAAUCCACGGCAAAAGCCGAGCUUUCAAGAACGUUCAGCAAAUAUAUUGAUGAUGGUCUUUUGACAGCAAUUGAAGCAUAUCCAGAAUUUUACCCACCCCUGAAUAACAUAAAGAAAAAGUAUGGCGACUCGGAUACCAGGAGAACAUGGCGCUCAAAGGAAAACGUCGACGCAGCUUUCGUCAUGUGCUACUGCAAGGAUCUAUCACAGUACUAUAUUCACCUCGAAGAUGAUAUGAUAUCUUCGCCUAGCUUUUUCCCUAAACUGGAGAAUUUUAUUGAGACGCAAAGUGUUAAGCCUUGGCUAAUGAUUGAUGCGGCCAUAAAAUGCAGCAAAGCCAAAGUUUUUCCCACAGAACACGUCGAAAAUUUCGCUUCCUAUAUUUACGUCCUGUAUGACGAAUCGCCCAUUGAUUGGUUGAUGAAUGGCUGGCGGAAAUUGAAGGGACAUGGGGAAAUCCGCUCGCCUUCGGCGUCACUUUUUCAGCACAUUGGGGACCAAUCCUCUCUCGCAGAAAAAGGAUUUUCAGAAAAUCUGCAGAGGGAACCAUUUUUUGACCAAUAUGACCAAAAGUACAGGGGACGCAACCCCCCAGCCAGCGUUAUUUCGUCAAUGUCCUCUAAUGAAGGAAAACCACAAGAUGCUUAUGAGAAGGGUAGUGGCUAUUUUUGGGCAAUAAAUCCAAGAAAAGAUGACUACGUCCUAAUAAAAUUUAACGCACCGACUGUUGUGAGAAAGGUGUUCAUUGACACUGGGAGUUAUCAUUCACGGCAAGAUGUGUUAAGGUCUGGUGAUUUGGAGGCAAGCUUCGAGUCCACAGCUGGGGAAGUGAAGCCAUCUAAUAUCAGCAACCACUGUGGAGAGUUUAAAUUUCUGGGUGCAUUCAACAAAGGGAAAGUAGAGUCAUCUGUAGGCGAGUCAAGAAGUGUCAUUUGUUUAAGAAUCACAGUUUUACAAAACCAAAGGGAAUGGCUGUACAUUCGUGAAAUCGAUGUGUGGUGA